AUGCUCUUCACAACCCUUGCUGCCAACGCCCUUCUCGCUUGCGCCGCCCUCGUGCCAUCGGCCAUGGCGGAUGCCGAGGAGGUUUCUAACGCUGCUCCACUGGAUAUCACGGUCAAGUUCAACAACAACGAGCGUUGCACCGCUCCGGGGCCAGCGCGAGACUAUAGCAAUGGUGCUUGCAUCCCACUGGGCGCUGCGGCCAAAGCGGUUGACAUCAUUGAUCGCAGGGGAAGUUGCAAGCUGGUCUCCUAUACUGGUGGUGCCUGUUCUGGAAAUGCUAGGAAUCUCGACAACAACGGAUGCUGGACCCUGAAGGGAAGGAAGUCUAUUAGGGUCAGAUGCUAG